AUGAGCUGCAACUAUAGCUUACAGCAGACACAUUCUAGUUCUAAAGGUGGAAAUAGCAGUAGCCAUGUUGGAGGUGGAACUGGUGGAGGUGGCAGCAGCAGCAGCAGUGGUGGACACUUUGGUAGUGGCGGUGGUGGUGGAGGGUCUUCUUCAGGCUCCUCUAGAAGGCAAACUUCCACUGUGAGAAGCAGCCAAGGAUUUUCUGGUGGAAGCUAUGAUGCAGGAAGAUCCAGACGUGGCUCUGGAGGGGGAGUAUGCCAUAGUGUAUCUGGUGGAUUUGGAGGGCGCAGUGGCUUUGGAGGUGGCCAUGGAGGUGGCAGCUUUGGUGGAGGAUUUGGUCGUGGCAGUAGCUAUGGAGGUGGGAGCAUGGGAGGUGGCAGCUUUGGUGGCGGAUUUGGUAGUAGCAGUGGAUUUGGUGGUGGCCAUGGAGGUGGCAGCUUUGGUGGUGGAUUUGGUGGUAGCAGUGGAUUCGGUGGUGGCCAUGGAGGUGGCAGCUUUGGUGGAGGAUUUGGCCGUGGUGGUGGAUAUGGAGGUGGAAGCUUAGGGGGUGGCUUUGGCGGACCUGGUUUUGGUGGCGAUGAUGCUGGGUUCCUGUCCAACAAUGAGAAAAGCACCAUGCAAAACCUCAAUGACCGCUUGGCAACUUAUCUCAACAAGGUGCGAAGCUUGGAAGCAGAAAACAAUCAGCUUGAGUCCUUAAUCAGGGAAUGGUACCAGAAGCAUGGUCAGAGCUCUGAACCAAAGGAGUACAGCUCGUAUUAUGAGGAGAUUGACCAGCUCAUCAAUGAGCUUAUUUCUUCAUCACUGGAGAGUAACAAGUUGAUCCUGGAUACUGAUAAUGCAAGGAUGGCUGCAGAAGACUUCAAGCUGAAAUAUGAGACUGAAUGUGGCCUGCGUCAAAAUGUAGACGCUGACCUCCAAGGCUUACGUCCCUUUUUGGAUAAGCUGACACUGGAAAAGUCUGACCUGGAAAUGCAGUACGAGUCCCUCCAGGAAGAGCUGACAGAUCUUAAAAAGAAUCAUGAUGAGAUUCAGAAAAGUAUACAGCACAAAUCUGGUGGUGAUGUCACCGUGGAAGUCAAUUCUGGUCCUGGCCAGGAUCUGAAAAAGGCACUGGCUGACCUGAGGCAUGAAUAUGAAGACAUCAUCACGAAAAACCGUAAUGAGGUUGAACAAUGGUAUGAAGCCAAGAUGGAGGAAGCACAUCAGCAAGGGAAUACAGGCAGUCAGGAGAUCGGAUCUGGCACCAACCAAGUGACGGAGCUCACUCGAGAAUAUCAGACUCUAGAAAUCGAACUCCAAACUCUGCUUAGCACAAUCCAGUCUCUGCAAAACAACCUGAAUAACACUGAAGGAGGGUAUAACAUGAAGUUACAACAGCUGGCGAACCUGAUAGAGCCAGUGGAGGCAGAGUUGGCUGGCAUCAAAGGAGAGAUCCAGAACCAAACUCAGGAGUACCAGACACUCCUUGGCAUCAAGACCCAUUUGGAACAGGAGAUCAGCCAAUACCGUCAACUUCUUAAUGAAGGAAAUCAUCUUGGGGCUAACAUACAUGGAAGUGGAAGUGGAGGAAGUGGAAGUGGAGGAAGUGGAAGUGGAUCAUAUGGUGGAAGUUCAGGAGGAGGAAGACAUUCAACUGGUGGCAUAUCAGGAGGAGGAGGAAGUGGAGGAGGACAUACAUAUGGGAGCAUUUCCCAAGGUGGAAGUUCUGAAGGAGGAAGAAGUGGAGGAGAAGGAGGGAGAAGACAAUCAUAUGGUGGAAUUUCACAAGGAGGAAGUUCUGGAGGAGGGAGAGUUGGUGGAGGACAGUCAUCUGGUGGGAUUUCACAAGGAAGUGGCUCUAUAGGAAGAGGAAGUGGAGGAGCAGGAGGACAAUCAUCUGGUGGAAUUUCCCAAGGAGGAAGUUCUGGAGGAGGAGGAGGAACUGGAGGAAGAGGAGGACAGUCAGUUGGUGGAAUCUCACAAGGAAGCUCUAGAGGUGGAGGAGGAGGGCAAUCAUACGGUGGAAUUUCACAUGGAGGAAGCUCUGGAGGAGGAGGAGGAAGUGGAGGAAGACAAUCACUCGGUGGAGUUUCACAAGGAGGAAGCUCAAGAGGAGGAGGAAGACAAUCUCCUGGUGGAAUUUCUCAAGGAGGAAAUGAAGGAGGAAGACAGUCACCUAGUGGAGGCCAUUCUGGUGGAGGAAGAAGUGGAGGAGGAGGACAGUCAUCUGGUGGAAUUUCACAUGGGAGGAGUUAUGGAGGAGGAAGUAAUCAACUAUCUUCCUCCUCAUCCCAAAGUAGGCCUUCAUUAAUUCACAGCCACUCAUCAUCGUCAUCCCAGUCUCAGUCUGGAUCUUAUGGCUGGCAUGCAGAACAAGAAGCUGAGGAAUGCCAAGCUUUAGAGGGAGACGGAGUAAUGGAAGGAGGAGCAAGAGUGGAAGGAGAGUCCUUCACAACCAUGACUUCUGGAUAUGAACAAAAGUAUUGAGCCAAAAGCAAGGCUAGCAUCUCCCUUUCCCAACAAAUCCUUCCAUGUCAAAUAAUGGACUAAGCAAGACCAUCUACAGUGCUAGAAGCAACCUGAGUCUCUUCUUCCAGACCACAGAUGCUGCUGAUACCAUGCAUUCAAAACAGUUCAUCUUAAACACAUACUCUCCAACUUUGACCACAUGGAAUUUGGUUUGUUUCUUUUACAGGAUGUGGCACACUGUAUCAGACUUCCUCAAAUUGGCAUCCACCAGAUGUGUUGGACUACAAUUCCUCUCACCCCAGUCAACAUGGUUCUUGGUGCUGGGGCUGAUUGCAUUUUGAGUCUAAUACAUCUGGAAGGUGCCUGGAGUAAAGCGCAAACACUCAAAUUAGCCAUUAUCAUGGGUUGCAGGGGGUCAGUGGACCACCAUUUUGAAAACUCUCUCUACAGACAUCUGUGUGCCGCAUCUGAAAAUUCUUUCAGCGUUUAGAAUAACU